AUGUCGCCCCACGUGGAGUGUCUCGCGGUGGGAGCAGCAGCUAGUUCUGUUUCACCUGACGACGCCACGUGCGUCGCUAUGCCCGGCGGCAGCACCCCGCCCGCGUCGCUGCCGGACCACAUUUUGCUGCGUUGCCUCGCCGCCGUGUCCUUCCCGCUCUACCGCUCGCUGCAAGCCGUCUGCGCCGCGUGGCGCCACCUGGCGGACCCCCUCGCGCUGCACCAGAUCCGCCGCGCGGAGGGACUGACGGAGCUGUGGCGCGUCGACCUCGAGAAUGAGUACCGCGACGCCGCCUUCCAUGGGCUCGCCGGCAAAGCCCGCCGCCACCUCUCGCGCCCGCAGCCGCCUCGCGGACUGGCGCGGCAGCGGAGCAGCAGCAGCAACGACAUGAACCGAAUCGACAUGAGCGCCUGCGCCCAUGCGGACGCCGCCGCGCCCUGCGGCAGGUGCCGCACGAGCGAGGACGCGAGCGACGUGCGCGUGACGCCGCUGGCGGGCCCUCUCCGCCUGCAGUACGGCGCCGUCGGCAUUCCGAGCGAGCCCGAGCUGCUCGUGCUGGGCGGGCGCUCGCCGUUCCCCGUGUUCUGCCGCGAGGUGGUGCGCGCAUACGCGGACGCGCACGUAUACAACGCGCUCACCGACUCGUGGCGCGCGCUCGCGCCCAUGCCCACCGCCCGAUUCGCGUUUGGCGUCGCCGCGUGGACGUACCCCUCCACUCGUCAGGUACCCGCAGCUGCUCGCGCACUGCUGACGUCAGCCGCUCCGCAGAUGAAUGUCAAAGUCACCUACGUGGCAGUAGCUGGUGGCUAUGCAUCCAGUGGGGAGGCUUUAUUUGAUGCUGAGCUGUACCACGUCAGCAGCAACACGUGGACUACCCUGCCACCCCUCACACACGCUAGUGGAGCAUGCAGGGCGGUGGUGCACGGCAACAAGCUCAUCGUGGCGCAGCGCACUGGCGGCCCCGCCGAGUCCCUCGACCUGGCCGCUCUGCUCUCCUCCCCACUCCCCACCUCUCCGCCCGUCCUUGAUGCCAUAGCUCAGAGUGUGAUGUGGCAGCAGGAGACGGCUGAGACGAGGGACAGGCUGGUGGUUCCGCCCAGCCAGCAGCAGCAUCAGCAGAAUGGACGAGCACCAGCCAGCCAGAAUGGAGGAGGUGCUUCGGAGAAUGGAAACUCUUGCUGGGAGUCUGUAUUUAUUUGGCUGUAA